AUGUCUCGGACGGCCUUCAACACUGAUAUCGAGCACGACAGCGCCGCACUUAUGCCUCAGAACGGAGAAAGGAAGGCCAAUGAUGGUCGCAAGAGGGUGCUGAUCGUGGGCGCUGGUGCAGCUGGCAUGUCCACAGCACACCACUUGUCUGAGCAUCCUGAUAAGUUCGACGUGACUAUCAUAGACGCAGUUGAUUACUGCGGCGGACAAGCAUUUUCCAUCCCCAUUGACAAAAAGCGCCAUGGAGCCUCGUGGUGCAACCAAGGAGUCCAGGGUGGUUCAUACAUCUUCCACCACACCGUCACCAUGUUCUCGAGACAGGGAUACCACGCAGAUCCUUGCAACCUGCAUGUUUCCUUUGGCAAGGAUGAAAUCUUCUGGAACAAUGUCUUCCCUACCAAACUGCUGGUGCGACAUGAAAAGGAAGUCCGUCGUUUGACGACUCUUCUCAAGUUUAUGCGCUGGUUCGAAAUCUUCUUCGCACUGCUCCCGUUGAAGCUCGUCUUCAAAAUGUUCUUCUUUUCGGAAGAGUUUACAAACACUAUUGCGCUGCCAAUGACCGCUUUGUUCCUGGGAACUGGCAAUGCUACACCGGAAGUCCCCGCCAUCAUGUUCGAGAGGUUGUGUACCUCGCCAACCUACGGCAUGUGGUAUCCAUCUGACAAGAACACUGUCAUCAGUAACCAGCCGCCUAUGAUUGUGUUUCCCAAAUUCUCAGACUUCUACGACACAUGGCGGAAGGAUCUCAUUUCACGCGGUGUCACCGUCCGCCUGUCUACAGAGUUGACCGAGAUUGUGCAGAGAAACAACAAAGGCGUCAUUGUGAAGCUUAAGCCCCGAACGCCAAUGCCAGACCAUCACAACCCUGCCGGUGGAGAUCCAGAUGCGCCCGUUGGAGAGGAGACGUACGAUGAGCUCGUGCUUUGCUGUCUUGCUGAUACAGCCAAGCGAGUCCUCGGCAAGACCGCAAGCUGGAAAGAGAAAAAGGUCUUGGGCUCUGCAAAAUUCAGCGACGACAUUACCAUCACCCACAACGACGCGGACUACAUGAGGAAGCACUAUGAGAAUUUCUACCGCGAAGAUCUGGCUGUCGCCAAUGUCAACGGCACCGACCAAUCCUCUCGUCUGAAUUAUGCAAAGACCGAGUACCGCCCCAUGUACUACAUCAAGAUGUACCCCGAGGACAAGUCCAAGCUCGAAAUGUGCUUUGACUGUACCAACUACCAGAGCCAGUUCCCCGAAAAGGUGCCGUUUGAUCAACACAUCUUCCAGACUAUUUACCUCAACAAGGACCGCGACAGCAAGCUCUGGACUGACCAUGAGAUUGCCGAGGAGAAGAUCAUCCGCAAGGACUGGUGGCAUCAGUUGUGCCAUGGUUACACGCAUUACCUGUUCGUUGUCCCCUGGCUAAUGUUUCUCAACGCAAAGAACCACACUCGCUUUGCAGCUUCGUGGACCCUCGUCAACGCGCAUGAAGUUGCUGUCAUGUCCGGCAUUGCCGCAGCUGUGGAUCUGGGUGCGUCAUACCCCGAGGACCUGGAGAAUGAUAAAUUCGCGUUCUUGUGCUUCAGGUUGUAUUACCUUCUCACCUAUGGAAAGUGGUACAGAAGACACUUCACGUCCAAGAAGUAUCUGAAAUCCAACCCUACAGAAAGUCAGGCUGCCGCUGAUGGUAAAGGUUGGGCUACAGGACUUUAUGGAAGUGUGUAUGAGGGGCCUGGUGUUUCUGAGACCGAGAGGAGUAUUUGGAGAGAAGAAAUGAAGCAGGGAUCUAGCACUGGUAAUUUAUCUUAG